ACCGGCGCGCUACCUGUCGGUGAAUCGGUAAAAAAAAAUUAAAAAAAAGUUUUUUGAAGUAAUGUGGUUUUAAUUUCUUUUUUCAAUUUUAUUCCAAUAACAGUAUUUAAAUAGUUAAUUUUCCGAAUUUAUAAAUUAUUUAAGAUGCCUACGAUAGCCGUAAAAAGAGAUCUCCUCUUUCGAUAUUUAGAAAAAACCUACACCGACGAAGAGUUUCAGAAAGUAUGCUUCGAAUUCGGCCUGGAAUUAGACGAUAUCACAACCGAGAGACAAAUGAUCGCCAGAGAACAAGGCGACGAAUCGAGAUCAGUCGAGGGGGCCUCGGAAGAGAUAAUUUAUAGAAUCGAUAUACCAGCAAACAGGUACGAUCUACUUUGCAUAGAAGGACUGGUAUUAGGCAUUAAAAUCUUCCAGGGAAGUUUGAAUGCUCCAGUUUUUCGGACAGUGGGUUCCGGAAUAAACGUUCCCUUAAAAAUAAAUGUCAAUCCUUCUGUGGCGAACGUUAGACCUUAUAUAGUUGGUGCUAUUCUUAGGAACAUUACUUUCACGUGCGAUUCUUAUAUGAGUUUUAUUGAUUUGCAAGAUAAGUUGCAUCAAAAUAUCUGUCGAAAAAGGAGUUUGGUAGCCAUAGGAACUCAUGAUUACGAUACUAUUCAAGGGCCAUUUACAUACGAGGCUAAGGCACCACAAGAUAUUAAAUUUGUUCCUUUGAAUGAGGCUCAGGAAUAUACAGCUGAAGGAUUAAUGACCUUAUAUGCAAAUCACGCACAAUUAAAGCAGUAUUUACCAAUAAUUAAGGAUCAAGCUUUAUAUCCUGUGAUCACAGACUUCAAUGGAGUAGUAUUGUCGUUACCUCCUAUAAUUAACUCUGAUAAUUCAAAAAUAACUUUAAAUACUAAAAAUGUUUUUAUAGAAUGUACUGCUACAGAUUUAACAAAGGCAAAAAUUGUACUGGAUACUAUAGUAUGUAUGUUCAGUGGAUAUUGCGCAGACAAAUAUUCAGCUGAAAAUGUAGAAGUUUGUUAUCCAGACCAAAGAGCUUUACUAUAUCCGGAAUUGGCGUACAGAAAAAAGAAAGUAUCUGCGAAAAGAGCAAACGGAGUUGUUGGCAUAAAAAUAAUCGAUAUUUAUUUUUCGAAAAUAUAUUAA